GCGAUUUUUCCUUCAAAAUCACCAAACGGCGCAAAACUCGUCUUCAAAUUUCUUGACUCCAACCAUUUUCUUAGAUGCUGUUCAAGUCAAAGUUCAUCCCUCAUCUGUUUAAUCGAAGGAUAUAGAAGAUAUGUCGAGGCCUACGCUGCUUGUUUUUCUUUUGCUGGUAUUGAUUAUCACAUCACAGUUCGAAUGGAGGCAGCAGUUAGUGAGUGAUGCUGAAACAACUCAUACUCAGUCUCAGAAGCAGCUGCAAAUAUCACUAAGAGAAGAAAGCGUCAAAGAGAAGAUUAUCUUGUCGCAAGAAAAGAAGCUCCAGACAUUGAACGAGCUUGUUCAGAGCCUUAAAGAACAACUGCAACAAUGCCGGAGUAAUAACGAGACAUCAAACAGCACUCUCAGCUCUAUGACUGGAAAGAUUAUCGAGCUUGAACAACUGCAGAUUCUCGAAGACUGAAAUUGUCGUCCCGUUGCUUAUACUAUUUGUGCUAUAUUUUUCCUAUUUUUGUUAUUUGGAAUAAUUUUCUGUAAAGUUUAGUUAUUGUGCUACCAAAGAGUAGUGGUGCCAUGUUGUCGAAUUGCUGCUGCUGAUACAUAUUAUAUAUGACGAUAACUCGUUUAGUAAAAUUUCACUGAAUCUGAAUCAUUUGUGAGAUUUACAUGAUUGUAUACAUAUUUUUAAUAAUCUAUUGAGAUUUUGAU